GCUGAGCAAGGCUGCCUGUAAGCUAACCUGGGCUAAUGAAUUAAUUAAUGGCUCUGCCUGGACAGUGACAGGGAAGGGACGAAAGAGGGAGGGGGAGAGCCAUCUCUCCUCCAGCCGAAGCAGGCUCCGGUUUGCACCGGGCUUAGCCACCGAAGGGAGAUGGCCUGGGAUCCGAAUACCCGAAGCCCCCUCUGUCCGUUAGGGGGGUCACCCUCCAUCCUGCUCUGCUACUCCAGCACUGCCUGGAGCCAGCUAAUUCAGGCGACCACCGAACCGCCGAAAAAGAAGCCGGAUCCUGUCACUUCGGAAACCGUGGUGAUUUGGGGUUUGCGACUCUGGCAAGUGGUUGGGAUUUUUGCCAUUUUUGUGCUGAGUGUUAUCAUCACCCUCUGUUGCAUCUUCAAAUGUCGCAUCCCGAGGACCAAGAAGGAGAUCGAGGCCCGCUAUGCCAAGAGACAGGCGGCCAAGAUGUACGCGGACAAACUGGACACUGUGCCCCCCCUCAAUGAACUGACCGAGAUCCCAGGAGGUCCGGCCAAUGUGAAGGCAGAGGAAGAAGAAGAGGAAGAAGAAGUGCCCACCGUAUCAGGCAAAGUCGAUGCCCAGAAGAAGAGGGAAAAAUCAAAAGAGGGAAAGAAAGAGAAGAAGAAGCCGCAAGAAGAAAAAGAAGAAAAGGAAGCGACUGAGAAGGACAGGGAAGAGGGGACAAAGCAAAGGCAAAGAAAGAAAGAAGGGAAUGAGACAAAAUCGGAGAGGAGGAAGAAAGAAGAAGGAGAAAGGAAUGGAGGCAAAGAGAAACACAGAGGCAGUUCCAAGGCACAUACGAAAACACCCGGAAAUCCUAAACCUUCAUCCCGGAAAAAGUGAGCGAAGAUGAAAGAAAAUUGCAAAAGAGAGAGAGAAAAAAAAAAGAGAGAGAGAAACAAACAACAAACCCGGAGGCUUUUUUUUUUAAAAAAAUGAGGACUUUUUGCAUCUUUUCAAAGUCUUCUGAGUGUUUGCGUUACUUUGGACUCAUUAAAAAAAAAAAGCUGAUCGAUAAAAAUAAAUAUCAAGCUUGAGGUCUAGAAACUUGAAGAAGCAUCUUGAAAUCCAUGUUGGCGAUCUCUUUUGUCCUGUUGCAAAAAAAGAAAAGUACAAUUGUGAACUCAAUUCAGAAUAUUUAGGGGAAAAAGGAUCAAGUGGUUGUUUUUAGCAACUGUAUUCGUCCAGUGCAAUAAUUUAAUCCAUAAAAAUCCUAAUUGUUUUGGAAAAAAGUAAUACAUGGUGGAAAAUAAUUAUUAUCCCAAUGAUAUGCGAUUGCAUGCAAACACUAGGAAAAGUUGCACGUGGCAGGACCCAGCAGGUAGAAAAUAAAAAUAAAUUCAGAUUUUUUUCCAGUGGAUUUUGAAAACAUCUGUUCAAAAGGCAGAUGGUUAAUGAGGGUUAAAAAAAUGUAUAAUUAUGCUUUGAAGUCCUAAUUUGCUCAAGAUCGUUAGGACUGCCCAGUUUAUGGCAAUACUCAGAAAAUCAAAUUCUUUCCACGGAAAGAGUGCCUCUAGGCAUGUACAGAAGGCCGUUUCGCAUUUUAGCAUCUGGAGCAAGAUGGGUCAUCUGCUCCAAGGGAUGAUUUGAAAGGGAAGUUUUCAUUUUUGGGAAAAUAAAAUUAUUGAGGUUUAUAGCACAAGGUCAAAUACAAAUAAAAAUUGAGAAAGUUAAAGAGAGAAGAAGAAGAAGAAAGGAAAAAGAAGUCAAAAAGAAAGAAAAAAAUUGAAGUGACUUCGGCAAUCCUGGACUUACAACAGUUCAUUUAGUGACCGCUUAAAGUUAGAAGUGCAGUGAAAAAAAGAGACUUAUGAACGUGUUUCACCAUCCCCAUGGUCAUGUGAUCAGAAUUCAGACACUUGGAAACAAACUUUAUGUUGCUGGCUGUGUCCUGGGAGCAAGGGGUUGGACUAGAUGAUCUCUAAGACCACCUUCUGAGAUAUGCCUCUUUGGUCUUUUUAAAGAUCAACACCAUGAAUUUAAACAUCCCCUUUCUUUUCUGUGUGUGCAAUAUUGGUCUACG